AAGCGUUUUUUUUUUCGAAACACAUCUUGUACCCAUCUUGUUAUCUCCUUAGCGGUUAUCACAAGUUAGCUUUAUUUCAGUUGGGCCAGCUAGUUUAUCUGUGUUAGACUCCUAGAAAUAGGCACCAAGGGGUUAUAGUCAGAAGGCAAGGAGGAAAGGUUCUUCAUUGUCUAAAGAAUCCUUUUUUCUAGUUUUGGUCUUCAUCGUCAACUUGACUCUUGGAAAGCCCUAAUCCAAACCUACCAUAUCUCCUUUAUAAUUCUGAGAUUUGUGCAGGGUACUAGGAUGGAGAGGCCUUCUUUGAUUUUUAUUUUAAUCACAUUCAUGGUGCUAUCGCAUGUGGUGACUAGCUUCAAUAAAAUGUCAAAAAAGAAGGCCAGACCUGAACUGAACAUGGCACAUGCCUCUCUUGAUGAUCAGUAUGAUGGCUGCAUGGCAAGUAUGAAGCGGCUCUUGCCCUCUCUCUUUCGAAGUGAGCUGAAUGCAUCUACACUGUAUAGUGAAGCUUGGGAGAAAGCCCUAUUUGAGUGGCAAGAGAAUAAGACAUGGUUGUAUCCAAGGAAAUUAGAAGAACUCUCUGAGGUGGCUCUCUAUGCAUAUACUCUAGGAUACCCUCCACUCUAUCAGGAGUUUAAUUCUGCCACCCGCACAGCUGCAAAAGGGCCAGAAGAAUAUGCUGCCUACCCUUUCAAAUCUCUCCAUUUUCUCUUAACUUGGGCAACCAGAUUCCUGGGAAAGAAAUUCAGUUGCCAGCGAGUCUACAGGGGCACCGGUGUGAAUUUUUCUGUUGGCCACUACUUCCGGUUUGGGCAGUUCACCUCCACAUCAGAGGAUCCAGAAAUAGCCCAGUUCUUUCAGACAGUAACUUACUUCAAGUUGGUCACCUGCAAGGGGAUUGGGAUCAGUGAGGCGUCAUAUUUUCAACAUGAGCAGGAAGUCUUAGUCCCUCCUUAUGAGAUGUUCAAAGUCACAUCAGUGGAAAAACACCCAACAAACAAGACGAUCAUGGCCGUUUCAGUGGGAACCUGCAGCGACCAUAACUGUAUUUUUGUGGGGGAAGUUUUGAAGUAUACCAAGAGAUGUCAAGACCAUCAAGUGUUGUAUUUGUGAGACUUGGUCUUGCCAGUAUCUCCAGAAUGCAGCCUAUCAAGAUUUAUGCUUCACAAGGAUCUCUGUGAAAUUUCCAUUUUCUUUAUUUCUGUGUCAGACUCUAAAGCUGAUCCCAAAUGUUCCUGUUAAUGUAAUUUCCCUUUUCUGGGUGACAAAUUGGUGGGAAGCAGGGAGGUUAGAUACCAAGUCACAUUCAUACUUAUGAUUUCUGAAGGCAGACUGCAUUGUUCUUUUUGUCUUUUAAUUGCUGAAAGUGGAGCCCCCGGUGGUGCAAUGGAUUAAUCCCUUGUGCUGGCAGGACUGCAGACUGAAAGGUUGGCAGUUCAAAUCUGGGAAAAGCAGGUGAGCUCCCUCUGUCAGCUCUAGCUCCCCAUGCAGGGACAUGAGAGAAGACUCACACAGGAUGGUAAAACAUCAAAUAUCCAGGCAACAUCCUUCCAGACAGCCAAUUCUUUCACACCAGAAGCGACUUGCAAUUUCUCAAGUCAGUUCUGACACAAAUUUUUUUUUUUUGCUGAAAGUCAUUGUUUAUCCCUUUCAAAUCUUCCUCCACUCUAGUGAGUUUGCCCAUUGAUUGGGAAUGGUGGUAGUUGAGUCCAACAAUUUCUGGAGGGUUAUAGGCCCCCCUCCCAAAUUUGUUAAAUAUUAGGCAAAACAAAGUAAGAUGCAAGAUUCAUAUUCCUAAAACGGUGCACCAGAAAAUCAAUGGGCCAUCACAGAUGAACAGCCUGCAAACACAAAAUAAAGGAACACGUUUCAAUUUAACUUUGAAGGACCAAGCUAAAAAAAAAACCUUUAAAUAACCUGACCUAUUUAAGAUUUCUUUGACUCUUUGGUAUAGAACAUAAAUAUUCUUUCUUAUUGUUUCUGGUUUUUUAUAUCAGUGCAUAAUAAAAAUACGUCUUGAAUGCAAA